ACUGACUGCAUAAAUAUCGGACGCAACACGUGAACGAUACUUAAAUUGAACAAAAGCGCGAUGAAAUUAUUUCGUAAAAAAAAACGAAGUCCUGCGACCGUACGAUUAACGUAAAUUGAUUAAUAGUUUACUGAUAAUUUUUGUGAGGUAUCAUCGUCAAUCUCGUGAAAAGCUGUGAUCGUGAUCCUGGGUCAACGACAAGAACUAAUCAGAAUGCAAGCCAAUAUGAUUAUUUUGAUUUGCACACUCUUGUUACCGGCAAUCUUUUGCAACACUGAAAAAAACGAAACGACAUUUAUACCAACCCGAGAAUGGCAAACCGUAAAGAAAGGUCAAGCUAUACCUAGAGGAUUGCACGUACGGCACAAUUUGCAAACAGGAAUAACAGAGGCGAAAUUAAUGGACAGUGAAGAUGCAGAUGGGAAAAAUUCAAAUGGAACCUUAAAUAGUUCAAGUGACAAUUCCCUCACAUUGCACCCUGAGAAGGCAAUUUUUGAAGACAAAAAUCCGAUACCUACGGAGAAGUCUGAUUUGUUUAACCAUCCGAUUGAAGAAUUAAAAGCCCGAUUGAAACAAAUUAAAGAAGAAAAUAUUCCAGAAUUAGAUGAAGAACAUACACAGCAAAUAAAGAAAAAAUUUAAGGAUUACGAGACUUUAAAGAAAGAGUUCAAAGCAAUGGAGAUAAACAUUACAACUGACUCAGAAUUGAUAGGCAACUAUUUUCAGAAAUUUCAAGCUCACAAAAAUGGGGUCACCAUGGGAACUUUGACAAAUGCAGACAGAGAAGAAAUUUUGGAUAUUUUAUAUAAUUUAGAGUAUCUACUGCAUCAUAUUGACAAUGCCAUAGUUUUUACUGAUAUGCAAGGCAUGACCAAAAUUAUAUCCCCAUGUCUGAAUGGAACGAAUAAUGAGAUAAAGGCUGAAGCUCUGAGACUCUUGGGUGCAGCUGUUCAGUCUAAUCCCAAAGUACAAUUGAAGGCACUAGAGAAUGACUUCGUCCAAAAACUUUUGCAUAUAUUGUCUACAAAUAGUAAAAUAGAAGUGAAAUCAAGGUGUCUCUUUGCUUUGAGUGCCUUAAUAAGACAAUUUCCAGCUGCUCAAAAAGCAUGGAUCGAUCAUGGAGGGGUAGAGAUAUUUGGAAAAAUUCUUGUCGACGAUCAGAUGCAAAUACAAAUAAAAAUUAUGAAGCUGAUUAAUGACUUAAUUGUGGAAAGACAGUUCUUGCAAGAAGUUGCUGAUCCCAAAGAACAACAAUUAAAAGAAAAAUCGUAUGCAGCUGCGGAUAUCAAAACAAAAUUAUUGACAUACGAAUAUUGCGAUCAUGUGAGCAAUCUAAUGAUAGCAAGUUUUAAGGAUGAACUUAAUGAUCCCCAAAAUUACGAAUUUCUUGAAACCAUUUCUGAUAGCAUGAUUACAAUUGCUCCAAUUUGUAUAGAUCGGUUUAGAGAGAAGAAGGAUACACUAUUACCCAUUAUACAACAUUUGUUAAGUUCUUAUGAAAAUUUAAAUGUUCUAAUCGAUAAACUUAAGACAACAGAAGAACUCCGCGAUGAAUUGUAGUCAAAACGGUGAACUGCUUUCCUAUUUAUGUUGCAUUGUAAAGUUGUAAUUGUACAAAGCUUUACGUAUAACAAAAGUAUAUUUUGUCACGGGUAUUUUAAUUAUUAAUCGUUGAUAUUCCAAAGGGAUUGAUACUGAAUAAUACAUUUUCAGUCGCAGUCGUUUGUUUAUACAAAUGCGUGUAUGUACAAUGUAUCAUAGGAUGAAUGUAUGUUGCGUAUAAGCGAAGGAACGACUAUGUACAUAUAUGAACCGUGAGGUGUUUAAAUUAUUUAGCUAAUAAAUAACUAAGAGUGUUACGUCUUUUAUGUUUGAGAAAAUUGUUUAAUAAAUUAUUUCUUAUUUCUUUUCA